AUGCGUGAAAAUAAAUUGAAAUGGUUUGGUCAUGCGCAGAUGAAAACUUUAGACGCCCUUGUGAGGAGGAUCGUGAGUAUCAUAGUGGAGGGGAAGAGAAGCCGAGAAAAACCUAGGAGAACGAGCCUAUCUUUUAAGCAUUUCUUGGAGCCGAAGGACUCUCCGCAUCCUCCUUCAGGGUUAUCAUGGGACUGCCGGUUGAAGGACAAGCAGUCAUUGGCUAUGGGGAGGGAAAUUGGCCAGCAUUACGCGCUUGAGGAUGAUGCAGAUGAUGUGACGGUUGACAGACAUGCCCGAGCUUACAUCUUGUACCUGUUUGGAUGCAUCUUGUUUCCAGACAAGAGCGGCGACUCGGUACAGUUGAUAUAUCUCCCUCUACUGGGAGACUUGGAGCGCGUAGAUGAGUACAGUUGGGGAAGUGCUACCCUAGCGUAUCUGUAUCGUAACUUAUGUCGAGCAUCUCGUAAGGGUGCCAAGGACAUGGGUGGAUGCUUGAUGUUGUUACAGAUAUGGUCAUGGGAGCACAUUCAUAUAGGGAGGCCCAUUAUUCGGACGGUUCGACCGGAUGGGCAACAUGAUCAGGAAGAUGACGCGGAUGAUUUUGAACCGAUAUUAGGGUCACAGCAUCGGCGUGGGAUGGAUCCUUUGGCAGUAAGCUGGCUUCGCGUAUAUCUUUCGAGAUCCCACUCCCCACAUACUCUCGUCUACUACAGGGACGCACUAGAUCGACAACGGGACGAGCAGAUGACAUGGCAGCCUUACACAGCGGCUAAGAUGGAAGCUCUACCGCACAUAUGUACAUCGGGCCACGAGAUUUGGAGAUCGCGUUGUCCUCUUAUUUGCUUUGACAUCGUCUAGCUACAUCUCCC